AUGACGACAGGUAGCAGAGGCAGGUCCAUCGGACCAACAAUUUGUCAUGGUCCUAAAUCCGAACCAGGUCCCUCCUUCUACUACGCCCUCUGCAGAUGCAGCGACGACAUCGACAAUGCCCGUGAUGGGUUGUUCCUCCAAUGCUUCCGGGUAGGAUUUCCCUCCACCAUCGCCCGUUUGCACCAAACCCCAAUACUUGUACACAGGAUAUAUCCGAGGUCAUUAAGUCCAUGUAUGACCGCCCGUGGCCGACCUACACACAGAUCUCGGCUGAAACCAGAGAGCAUUGGUUUUAAAAGUGGACGGAAUAUUUAUGACCACCGGGUCAUCAAAGUAUACGGGUGGGUUGGCGACCUUCAUAAAGACGAAGACCAGACUGUUCAGCUGAAAGGCAGAGGGGAGUCAGACCUAAGAAGUGUGAGAAGCUCUCAAGCAAGUGCCUCUGCCAAAUCUUGGGACAGAUUAGCAAAUCCACAAGAACAAAUGGGGGAGAGACAAGUGGCAAGACAAGAAGGGCAAGAUCAAGAUAAAGGGGCUGAUGUUUAUGGAGUGAAUGGUGAGAAGCACAGUAACAUCUUUGGUUCAAAAGAUGAUGGGACAGCAAAUCACAAAAAAGAAAAGAAGGAAGAGGCUACCCCACAAAACCAGCAGGCCAGUGAGUCAGUAUCAAUGGGAAACGUGAAGGAGGCCAAAGGAAAAGACAAGGCAGAAUACAACGUGGAAGAGAGCAACAGGAUUCCUAGGAAGCAUAAAGAAAGAAGUGGGCCAAGCAUAAGAAGAACAUUCAUUACAGAAAGAGGGGCAUGGCCUUUCACUAACCAGGGGCCCAAUAGAAAUAGACAACAGGCUAGAAGUGGGCCAAUUGAAGAAGAAAGGAACCUUACCAUUAGAGAAUUAUUGAAGGAGUUCAACAAAAACAUGGUGGAAGAAAAAAGGAAGAAAAUCAUAGAAGAAGGAGAAGAGGAGGCCCACCAGAGAAACAAAAUGGACAUAGAUGGAUUAAUGAAACAAUAUAAAAUAAAUGAAAGAGAGUCAGAACAGAAAGGCAAGCAGAUAGUCACUGAGAGCGAAGGAGGUUUCUAUUACGUAGAACUAGCAGAAGAAGAAGAGGAAAUAGAGCAGAAGAACAGCAAAGCAAUUGUAGUAGCCAGAGAAUACGAAACAGAACUUGUUCAAAGAAUGGAGAGAAAAUUACAGCUUAAAAGAGGAAGAGAAGAGAACCCACUGGAGCAGACUGCAGGAUUGGGGAUGGAAGAAGAGGAAGCCACGCAGAUGUGGAGGGCCAACAAGAAGAACAAAUGGAGCAGAAAAGAAACAGAAGAAGGAGCUCAUGAGGAAGGACCACAAAUCAGACUUGACUUGGAAGACUCAAUGGCUGAGGAGGCGGGCCUACACAUGCCCCCAACUCAACCAUGA